AUGAACGGUACUCUCGUCCAACCGCAGCAAGUCUUGAAACGAGAUGCAGACUCGUUCUUGCACAGAACGGUCCAGGAUCUGUUCUCCCUCAAAGGACGAACAAUAGUCAUUACUGGUGGAGCUCGCGGCAUUGGGCUAUCUUUUGGUUUCGCGGUCGCUGAAGCUGGAGCAAACGUUGCGAUCGUGGAUUUGUUAUCAGAGCCACACGAACACUUUUACAAGCUGGAAAAGGAUUAUGGAGUAAAGGUGAAACUAUAUAAGUACUUCACCGAGCGCCGGCUUUACCCCAUUCUGCUGAAGUUUAUGUUUAAUGAUAGGAGCGAUGUAACCAAUCAUGCAGUCCUUGGAGCAACGUUCGAAGAGAUUGUGAAGGAUUUUGGCAGAAUUGAUGGGCUUGUCACAGCGGCUGGCAUUUGUCCAGAUGAGCCGUUCAUUGAGCGGAAACCCGAAUCGGUUGCACGUUGCAUGAACAUCAACGUGCUAGGCACCUACUUCGCGGCGCAAUUCGCAACAGCAUCGAUGAUCAAACAAGAACCACUAGACGACACGCAUCGUGGAGGUUCCAUUGUCAUGGUUGCUUCAGUUGCGGCCUACGUUGCUAGCAAGGGUCAGACGACCAGCGACUAUUGCGCCAGCAAAGGUGCCGUUCUCUCCCUUGCCAAGGCUUUGGGUGUGGAAUUGGCCAUGAAAGGUGUUCGAGUGAACAGCAUCUCGCCGGGGUGA